AUGGCUGAAGCCAUUGUUUCGUUUGCCUUGGAGCAGCUGGCUUCAAUUCUUUCUCAACAGAUUUCUGGCUUCAUAGGAGAACAGGUGAGGCUAGUUGGGGAUAUUGAAGAAGAAGUAGACAAGCUUACCCACAAUCUUCAAGCCAUUCAAGCUGUGCUACUUGAUGCAGACCAAAAACAAAUGAAGAAUAGAGCUGUGAGAGUUUGGUUGAAUCGGCUCAAAGAAGCAUGCUAUGACGUGGAAGAUGUGUUGGAUGAGUGGAACACUGAAAUCAUGAAACUCAAAAUUGAGGGAGGUUAUGGUCAUAAUGUUCUUGCUCCUAAGAAGAAGGUAUGUUGUUUUUUUCCCUCUCCUUGCUUUGGCUUCAAAGAAGUUGUUUUACGUCGCGACAUUGCAGUUAGGAUAACAGAGAUAAAUAGAAAGUUAGAUACUAUUGCAAAAGAAAAAGGUGAUUAUAAUCUUAAUGUCAUUCCAACUAAUGAGAGACCUAAUUAUCAGCCAAUGCAAACUACUUCUUUUAUUGAUGUAUCUGAUAUAUGUGGUAGAGAUAUUGAGAAGAAUAAUUUAGUACGCAAGAUAUUGUGUGAGAGUAGUGAACAAAGCCUCCAAACCAUCUCACUUGUAGGGAUGGGAGGAAUUGGAAAAACAACUCUUGCUCAAUUUGUCUACAAUAAUGAUGAAGUAAAGAGCCAUUUUAAUUCAAUAAUAUGGGUGUGUGUAUCAAAUCCUUUUGAUGAGUUCAAGAUCGCUAGAGUGAUCAUUGAAGCUCUAAAAGUUCCUACUCCUAAUGUAGAAGAUCUACAAUCUCUUCUUCAACGUAUUCAUAACUCUAUUGUGGGUAAUAAAUUUCUUCUUAUUUUAGAUGAUGUAUGGAAUGAAGAUCACAAAAAAUGGGAACCAUUCUAUCAUUGUUUGAAGAAUGGUCUCCAUGGAAGUAAAAUUUUAAUUACCACACGUAAAGAGUCGGUUGCACAUAUUAUGAAGUCAAUUGAUAUUAUCAACGUUAAAGAAUUGUCCUUUGAUGAGAAUUGGGAACUAUUUAGGAGGCUAGCUCUUUCUGACAGACCUACUCAUGAGAGUGAAAAAUUAGAAGAAAUUGGUAGGGAAAUUGUUAAGAAGUGCAAGGGGUUACCUCUUGCUACAAAAACCAUCGGGAGUCUCUUGCAGUUUAAGAGGAGUAGAGAUGAAUGGAAACGUGUUUUAUAUAGUGAGAUGUGGAAAUUAGAGGAGAUUGAAAGUGGUCUUCUAUCCCCUUUGAUGUUGAGUUAUAACGAUUUGCCAUCCUCAAUAAGAAAAUGUUUCUCUUAUUGUGCUAUCUUUCCAAAAGAUUACAAUAUAAGAAAAGACAUAUUAAUUAAUUUAUGGAUGGCACAAGGUUAUUUGGGGUUAGAAAAAGAUACAAAGUUAGAGACGAUAGGCAAAGAGUAUUUUCACCACUUAGCAACACGAUCUUUCUUCCAAGAAUUUUCAAAAUUAGAAGAUGUUAUAGAGGAUUGUAAGAUGCAUGAUAUAGUGCAUGACUUUGCGCUAUUUUUGAGUGAUGGUGAAUGUCUUGCUAUAGAAGUCAAUAUCGCGUCAAAAGUCUACGUAGUCUUGUGA